CUCCCCGGGGCAGGCCUGGAGCCCGCCGGCUGGCAGCCCAGUGGCACGGACGAAGCACUCAAGCCCAGGGGCAUAGCUAUAAUUGAGCGAAAGGGUUCAAAGAACACGGACCCCCAGCUCCUGAGGGCCCUUCAGCUCCACCCCUCCCUAUUUUCUUCAUUAUUUCCCUCACUCUGGGGGGAAAUAAUGAGAGGGAUGAACACGGGCCCCCUCUCCUCUAGCUACGCCCCUGCUCAAGCCCUUAUGCUGGAGCUUCGCAGGAAGGUGGAGGAGCUCUUGGAGAAGUGCGGUGGCCCCCAGUUCCCCAGCCGCUGCCAAGCCACCCUCUUCGGCCACUGCCAUCAUGCUGCCCUGGCUCUCUCUCAUUUCUCACCACACAUGUGCUUAGCACUGUGUGGGCAGGGCUUGUCACGUACCACCUGAGAGAGAGAGAGAGAGAGAGAGAGUGUAAUUCUCCCCACUCACUCUCAGUAACCAGGAAAUUAACUCAGUUUUUUUGUUUUUUUUAAACCAAAAGCUCCCCUCAAGCUUCCUCCAUCACCUGACUGAUUCAUUCAUGGGGUUUCUCUCUCCUUCUCUUACAGAAGGCCUCAGUUAGAGCAGCAGUGAAACUACUGUGUUAACUGCUGCUCCAGCAGCCCCCUCAAGUUUCCUUUUCAGUCAUCAUCCAGCCUGACAGACAGUUGUGCCUCGUAGGAAGAGGAUAGAGAGACACAAAUGACUUGACUUUGCUUCAUCACAGCUCUGUGCCUAGAAAAACAGCUCAAGCUAUAUUACAACAUUACAAGCAUAUCUGUUACAACGAUAUCUUCUUAUCCUAUUGGCUGCAGUCCAUGCUGUUAUAUAUGCCAGAGGGCGCUGUGAUUUUAGUUACUGCUUUUUGGACCUCUGCAGCUUGUUUGUUUUGGGGAGCUGUAGCUGUUUGGUGGAACUUCUGCAGAUCCUGAGUUGUAGCAAUAAAAAGCCUACAGUAUGUGUUCCUGGCAUUCUCCUUGCUACCAACACAGCAUACACCCUUGUUUGUGUUUGUAAAUUUUCCCCCUGUCGUUUGGUUUUCAGCAGGACCUGGCUCCCUGAGAUUAGGGUGGGAGGGAGAGAAAAAUCAAGCAGAAAUAAGGAGGAAGGACAAGAGCAGGGACUAUAGAAAAACAGAUAAACAUGUUGUUUUGUGGGUCAAGAGCAAGGCUGCCUUGUGCAAUAAGGUUUUAAUUAAAAGGAUAACUUAUCCAUAACCAUUACCUUCCAGACCCUCAAAAACCAAGUCCUAAAUGGCAGAUCCCCCCCAUAUUUACUGCAAAACUAACUUGGCUGCUUGCUUGCUUGCUUAUUUAUUUAUUUAUUUAUGGCCUGAACAGAACAUAGUUUUCUUCUCAGACUCCUUCAUCUAGAAAUGUCUUAUUCCUUUGGAAUACUCUUCUUUCCCAUUCACAUUUUCAAUACUAUUUCCCUUCGGCCAGAAACUUUUUGGGAUUCCUGCUUUCCUGUGUCCUAACUGAAAACUCUGCUUCUUCUGUCCCUCUUUUCUCUCUCAAUUUAGGCAUCUCAGGCAAUGGCUGCCAUUAGGUUCUCUGUGACAUUAGGUCAGUGUACCUUUGUCAGAGGCUUCAUCACACACCCAGUGGAAACACUAAUUAGAACAUAAAAACAUACACAGAUAUACUGCAACCUCAUGUCUUCUACAGAGGACCUGGUAAAUGCUGGGAAGUUGUUACCUGGGAGGCCCAGUUACCACAAACCAAAACAAACAAGGAUGAUUGAAGGAAGCAAUAAUCACCAUUUAUUGAAAACCAGCUCUGGUGACGCUCCCAGUACCUAACGGUAAAACCUGAGAGACGUGCCCAGCUGCCUGGGUCACAAGUUUUUAUAAUUUGGCAUUACUACACAAUUAGGCGUCAACAUUCAGCCCCAAAGAACCAAUCAGUUCAUUACAUUCGUACAUAUGCUUGCAUAGAGGCUGGACUUUGCGCUCUAAGUUUCUAUUUCACAGCAGAGAGAUAAUUAAUUAAUAGAAGAAGCCUUCACAUUCCUAGAACGAUACAGUUACAGUACUAUUCAGGGGAGCCUAUCUCUCCCCGCUGCUGCAAACCCCCACUUAUUCUGCUCUGGGCAGAUAGCUGACUUAACACUUCCUUUUGGUCUGUACUUUUCCAUCCCACAGAGGCACUGACUUGCAAACACACUUUCUACAAAGCAAUUACAAAGCAGCUUUCUGAAAAGGCAUUUUCCAUUCCACAAAGUGGGAUUAAUUUGCAUUUAUUUCCCUUGUGUGUAAAAAUGAUUUGGACAGCCAUGGUAGGAAUAUACUCUUAAAUUAUAUGGAGAGAAUAAAAAGCUUCAAGGAAUUCUAAAUAUACAGGUGGAUAUCUUGACUAACAAAGCGCUUGCAGAAGGAGGUUACAUCAGCGCAAAGCUAUUGUGCGAGCUACUUGCACUAAGUCAGGAGCUUGUGUUCCAGACGAGUGUUGCACCUUUGCAAGCACUCUCAUUCAUUUUACGUGGAACUCUGCACAGUUGCAAAAUUCCCUGUUUGUUUUUUAACACAGCGGUGCAAUCUUCUUGCACAGCAUUGCUCUUCUGCAAGUGCUUCAUUAGUCAAGAUUGUCAGCCACCGACUGCAAGUGAUUUAAGCCCUAAACUUGAAGUUCUUUCUACUAGGAGGGCAAAGAAAAAGCUAUAGGCAACAGGAACACAUGUUAUAGUUUUCCAGAAGACUCUUGCCUUCCACCAAUAAAAUGCUCCUGCUUGAGGGGACACUUGAUAUCCUUAGCAGACCGCAUUUGUCAGAUGGUGGCAGUACAGGCACAAGAAGUUGUAGAGCAGUUGAGUGAGUAUGAUAACGAAUUGUUUAAUCCAGGCCGACAAAUAAGUAUAGAAAAGUAUGUAUCAAAGUAUAAUUCAGGAAAGUAUGGUUCAUAUCCCUAAUGGAGUAUAGAGCCAGCAGGUUGCUCAGAGUUGAGAAGCCUCUCAGUAACAGAGGCCAAAGUCAAGAGUGGGAGGCCCCCUCCCAAGAAUGUGGGUUGAGAAGCCCACCAGAGAUAACAGGUACCAGGAGUGGUCAAACACAGGCCAUUAGCGAAAUUUCUCAGUCAGCAGAAAGAGGGUCUUGCUGGUACGAAGAGAUACCAUAGGGAUUAAAGUUGUCAUAAAAGCCAGGUAGUAACUCAUCUUCUCAGGCUCUAGAUGGCACCUCUGGAACAUCUGAAAGCAACUGGAUGUAAUGUCAUUGGAUAAGAAAAUGGUGUGCAGCAAUCUGUAGAGCAAUUCCCAACCCACAGAAGUCAUUGAAAAAGCCCCUCUGGUUUGUCCACAAGAGAUCUGAUAGCACCAGCAACCCCUUGAAUAAGAAUAUAGGUUGACAUAUUAAUCAUGCAGCAGUUAGCAUCCUCUGAGAACAGUGCCAAAAAACUGCAUUCUUCCCAAGAAAGCACAGGUGCUGUUCAGCUGAGGAUCAAAAGUGCCAACAGCCCCCAUGACAGACACAGCCAAAGCAAAUCUAUGAUCUUGUCUGAUAAUCUGAAAGUCAUUGAACCUAUAUCCCGUCACAGAAGGAAUCAUUCCCAACAUAAUUUAACACUUGCUGAGAUCAUUUGCCCACUGGAGCAAACGGUAAUAAAAGAAGGGUUACUUCUGAAAGCUAAAAUUGCAGAUGGAGGCAAGAAGCUAAGGAAAAACUGGGCUUCCUCUUGGAUUGUUCUCACUGGUCGGAAAAUAGAAUUUUACAAAGAAUCCAAACAGUCAGCUGCAGCCAACCUGAAACCAGGCAGUAAACCUGAAUCAGUGGAUUUGUGUGGUGCUCACAUUGAAUGGACCAAAGAAAAGUCAAGCAAAAAGAAUGUCUUUCAGAUCACAACAGUAACAGGAAAUGAGUUCCUCUUUCAGUCAGAUAUUGAAUUCAUCAUAGCAGAAUGGUUCAAUGCUAUCAAGAAUGCAAUUGAGAAACUGCCUAAAGAAAUCAGUGCUGUGUCAAAGAACAAGGACUUCAAGAUUCCAAGAUCUUCUAGCUCUGAAUUACUGAGCAACUUUGAAGCUGAAUCAAAAGAGCCAAAGCCAGAAAAUAGACGGUCUUUAAUUUUCAGAUUAAACUACAGCAUUUCUGAUACAACUGACAAAAAACAAGUUAAAAGCAGACUGAAGAAGUUCAUCAAUCGAAGACCUUCAUUUAAAACUUUGCAAGAAAAGGGACUCAUUAAAGAUCAAGUUUUUGGUUCCUGUUUGCAUCGUGUGUGUGAAUACAAUGGCUCCACGGUCCCAGAGUUUGUUAAAACAUGCAUAACAGCUGUUGAAAAACGAGGUCUGGAUGUUGAUGGAAUAUACAGAGUCAGUGGCAAUCUGGCAACGAUACAGAAGUUACGAUUUGUUGUCAAUCAUGAAGAGAAGCUGAAUUUGGACGACAGCCAGUGGGAGGACAUCCACGUUGUCACCGGAGCACUCAAGAUGUUUUUCAGAGAGCUGCCUGAGCCACUGUUCCCAUACUGCUUCUUUGAACAGUUUGUGGAGGCGAUAAAAAUCCAAGACAACAACAACAGGGUGAACUCCAUAAAGGGCCUUGUACAGAAGCUCCCCAGACCAAACUACGACACCAUGAAAAUAUUAUUUAGUCACCUGAAAAAGAUAGCAGCUAAGGAGAAUAAGAAUCUUAUGUCACCUCAAAGCUUAGGAAUUGUCUUUGGACCAACACUCCUUCGACCUGAAAAAGAGACAGGGUCCAUGGCAGUCUACAUGCUGUACCAGAACCAGAUAGUUGAGCUAAUGCUCAGUGAGUACACCAAGAUCUUCGGCUCUGAGGAAGACUGACAGACAGUGACUGCUAUUGAAUAUGUUCACAUCUGUCUUGAUAGCUAAUAUUUUUACAUUUCUGUAAACAUCUUUCUGAAAUAUUUCAUUUUCCUUCUAGUGACAGAUGCCUCAUUUUGUGAAAACUUAAUGAUGAUUUUGUCUUUAAAUUUCCAAACAUUGGAAUAAAAAUAUAUUGUCAACAUUUGCUUAUAUGUAUUCAGCAUUAACCCUUUGUGUGAGUCAGUCUACCACCACAGUCCAGGGUUUUACUGUUUUCCAUGCUUUUAUUUUACAGUUGGGAUUUGAGAAAAUAGCCAAAUCCAGAUGAAAUAUCACUUAGAGACAUAUGCAAUGAUACUCCCAGACAAGCAGGGUUGGAGGUUAAUGGAUUUAAAUUGGCUUUUAGAACAAUUAAAUUGGUACUGAUGUAUUCUAUCGCUUAAAUUUAUUUUUAAUGCAUAUACCUGCUGAAAAUGAUAAAAGUCGAGUGGUAUUUUCUCCUUGUGGAAAGGAGAACUUGGACUUGUCCAAUCAUCCAAUGAUGCCACUUAUUUAGCCCCCACAAACAAACUUUUAACCGCAGUUAUUUCUUCCUGUAGUGUUGUAAAUAUUAUGUUAAGAAAAAAAAUGAAGACAACAUUAAUUCCAGAAAGUUAUUGUCUUAAAAGCAAUGCAUCAGUUGCCCAACUGCUCAUUUUAAAUGCAACACCCAUUCUGAAUCUCCAUCACUUUAUACUAUUCAACUCUUUCCCCAGCUAUGUCAUGUUUUGUAUAAUUUUUAUUAUGCUCCCAAAGAUGCUUUAUUGGUGAACUGCAUUAAAUUCAUCGAGAAAGAACUUUUUUUUAAAAGCAUUUUCAUAUGCCCUUAGGAUUACUUGGCUAGACUUGAAUCAAUUUAUACAUUUGAUGGUUAGUUUCAGUUGUCAUGGAUAAACAAAAGGGUAACUGUCUAGAAUAUAUCAAAUAUUGUUUUAUUCUGAAAUGUACGUUUCCAGCUACACACUUCCCCUACCCUGUUUUGUAAAAGUAUUCCGCAGAUAAAAUGUAGACUUAUGUUUGACAGCUUUUUAAUCAAGUUCAAAGAGAAUAAAUAAAACUAAUCCAGUGUGGUAAAAGA